GGGUACUCUGGCCCGAGAAGCCGCUUGCCUUUAUUUAUACGAGCCCCAUGGCCUCUUGCAUCAACCGUUUGCCCCUGAGAGACCUCUCUCCUUCUCACAUCCGUCCUGCACUCCUGCAGGGACGAAGAGGAAGUCCACUCAUCCAUCUUCACGAACACGACUUACGAAGAGGGAGUCGCCAUCGCCGCCGACCAGCAAAAGGGCCGGGAAGGGCCUCUUGCUUGUGCGUGCAACUCGGCGCCCUGCUCUUCCUUUCCAAGAAUCUGCCCCUGCCCCCAUCUCACAAUUAGAAUCUCUGCCAUUUCCAAAUCCUAGCUGAGCUGCCGACUGCAAAUGAAGAGGCAAUUGAAGAGGUUGACCAGCAGCCAUGAAUCGACAGAACCAGGGGAGAAGAUGGAGUUCGCGGAGGAAGGGACCUUAACUGCGCCGAGCAUUGAGCACGACGAGGCGGAGCUCCACGGCGUGGACGACGAGCUGGGUGGCGGGCGCGUGGCGCAGUCGUCGUGCGAGUUGGGCGAGAAGAAGCGGCGGCUGGCGCUGGAGCAGGUGCGCGCGCUGGAGCGGAGCUUCGAGACGGACAACAAGCUGGACCCGGACCGCAAGGCCCGGAUCGCGCGCGAUCUCGGCCUGGAGCCGCGCCAGGUCGCCGUCUGGUUCCAGAACCGCCGCGCCCGCUGGAAGACCAAGCAGCUCGAGCGCGACUUCGCCGCACUGCGCGCCCGCCACGACGCCCUCCGAGCCGACUGCGACGCGCUCCGCCGCGACAAGGACGCCCUCGCCGCCGAGAUACGGGAGCUGAGGCAAAAGCUGUCCAAGCCGGAGACAGCGGUGAAGCUGGAGGCGGCCGGCAAUGACGCCGCGGAGGAGCCCCAAGCGACGGCCGGCGCGUCGGCCGUGGCGGUCAACAAGGACGGCUCUUCGGACAGCGACUCGAGCGUGGUGUUCAACGACGUCGACGCGUCGCCAUACUCCGGCGCGGUCUUAGAGCAGCCGCAGCCGGGCCUGGUCGGGUUCGGUGCAUCGUUCUUGGACUUGUCGGCCGCGACGGUAGGCUGCUCGUCUCUGCCAAUGUUCGAGACGAAGUGGCACCACGGGUCGACGCACCCAUCAUACGACUCGUACAAGGGUGGCGGCGGCGGCGGCGGCUAUGGCUUCACGGAGGAAUGGCUGGCCGGCUCGAACGUGAUCGGCAACGACGGCUUCUUCUCCGAGGAGCAGGCCUCCAGCCUCAACUUCGGCUGGUGUGGGAGUGGCACCGAGGGUUGGGACUGAGCGCAGUUUUGAUCUCCACGGUUAGUGUAAAAACCAGAAAGUAAAUGGUGGCGUUGUCCAUGUCCAUGCAUGGACGUUAAUCUCCAACUAGCAGUACGGGUACUUCCUAGUGGCUAAGCUAGAGGACAUGCAAGGCGGGACAGUGAGCAGCAGCCAGUAGCCAGUAUGGCAGUAUGGAUAAAUUUGAGACAGGUUAAUGGAGGAUGUAAAUGUAAAAUAUAAGAAGUCGCCAUCCUGCUCCUGUC